AUGGCAAGUAAUACAGGAAAUGUGGCGGAUUUCACAGAGCAGCUUAGGAAAUGGUUCCAACGAAGAAACAUGAGCUCGGACAAAGACUACAGUGAGACAAUAUGGACAGAUAUAAAGGCUCUUUUCGAAGUGUUAGCCACAAGUAUAAAAACGAGGGAUACUGUCACCACAUCCGUUUGUGAAGCAGCAUUCCCAACAUGGAUCUGGUCUAAGAAUGCGGCGGAAUUCACGGUCUGCCGGCGUAUUGUAAACAUAUUUCUAUUUAUGGAUAGCAGACAUAAGUCUGGGGGACAAUGGACUACGCAGCGUAUAUUUACGGAGGAGGCGCAAUUUGAGGAUUAUGUUCGGUGUAUGCUUGGGAACAUUGCUAUGGCGGAAUUGUUUAAGACCAAUUGUAGCGCACGGGACAUCAUUGAUAAAGUGUCCACGCACAUGGACACGUUCAGGCACUCCUUUGGGCACGCGGAUGGAAGCAAACUUUGCAAGGAUAUGGGAUACGAGACACUAAUGGUUGGAUCGAAGUUUGUGGCAGCAACUAUGGCACGGUGGAUACAAACGUGGAGACUGAAGUUUGGGGGAGGGAAAGUAGCAGGAAAGGGGCCCACAACAUGUAACAAAGACAAAACGGAUCCACAGGCGCGGAGCAACGUACCAGCUGUUAGAAUGUUUCAGAAGGAGGAUAACCUAGUAAUAACGGAGUUAGUGAAAGCAGGGAAGGAUUUGGACAUGGAGAAGAAAAAGCAACUAGUGGAAGAAUUAGAGGACAAGCGACAACAGGACGGAGUAUUGGCCGAUAUAAUGCGACAGAUAACGGAGGCUGAAGCGAAACUUGGUGUGCGAAGUGGAGUCGGCCAAGCCAGUACAAGUACGGUACAGACAACGCCGCCGUCACCACCAGGUAGGUCAGAUCCCGGUAGUGGGCAAUCGUCCGGGUACGCCCCUGCACCACCAGCAGCUACUGAGCCGGCCACAUCAUCAUCACCACAGGCACCGUCAGGUAAGGACCGAUGA